AUGGCAGCAUCUGCUAUAUUUCUAAUGGAUUCCAAGGGAAAGGUACUGAUCUCACGUAACUAUCGUGGUGAUGUACCAAUGAGUGUUGCCUCUCGAUUUGUAUCAAAGAUUCUCGAAGAAGAAGAUCUAAACUUAAAGCCAAUCAUCCAAGAGGAUGGUAUCUCAUAUAUAUAUGUUAAAUAUAACAAUCUUUUCUUAUUGGCAACUACAGAAAGAAAUGCAAAUGCAGCAACUAUAUUAUUGUUCCUUUAUAAGAUGAUUGAAGUGUUCAAUGAGUACUUCAAGGAGUUGGAAGAGGAGAGUAUCAGAGAUAACUUUGUAUUGAUCUAUGAGUUGAUGGAUGAGAUGAUGGAUUUUGGAUAUCCACAAUCGACCGAACCAAAGAUUCUUCAGGAGUACAUCACACAGGAGGGUUACAAGUUGGAGAGAGGUGUCAGAGGUCCAGUGUUGCCCGCCGCCAUCACUGGUGCCGUCUCCUGGAGAAAGGAGGGCAUUAGAUAUAAUAAGAACGAAGUAUUCUUGGACGUCGUUGAAUCGAUCAAUCUCUUGGUAUCGGCAAACGGUACUGUUUUGCGAUCGGAAAUCGUUGGUGCAAUCAAAAUGAAGUCGAAGCUCUCUGGUAUGCCAGAACUAAGAUUAGGUCUAAACGAUAAGAUUCUAUUUGAAAAUAGUGCAAAGACUGGUAAUCCAAAAGGUAAAGGUGUAGAGUUGGAAGAUGUUAAAUUCCACCAAUGUGUUAGAUUAUCAAAGUUUGAGAAUGAUAGAACCAUCUCUUUUAUUCCACCCGAUGGAGAGUUUGAGCUGAUGUCAUAUCGUCUCAAUACUACUGUCAAGCCAUUGAUCUGGAUCGAGUGUAUCUCUGACUCGCACGCACACAGCCGUGUCGAAUACCUCGUCAAAGCGAAAUCACAAUUCAAAGGAAAGUCAAUUGCCAACAACGUUCAAAUCAUUGUUCCAGUUCCAUCAGAUGCCGAUACUCCUAAAUUUAGAUGUACAAUGGGAACAUGCAAAUAUGCACCAGAGAAAGAUGCAAUCAUUUGGAAUAUUAAACAAUUCCCAGGUGGUGGUAAGGAGUUCUUGAUGAGAGCACACUUUGGUUUGCCAUCGAUCUCGAACGACGACAAGCCAGCAACCAAACCACCCAUCAUGGUUCAGUUUGAAAUUCCAUAUUACACAGUAUCCGGUAUUCAAGUUAGAUAUCUAAAGAUUAUAGAAAAGAGUGGUUAUCAAGCAUUACCAUGGGUUCGUUAUGUCUAUUUAAUGAAGUAUCCGGUCGAGGGUUUCUCAGCAGGUUUAGUUGAUGAUUCAAAUAUCUAUGAAUGGCAAAUUGUAAUUGUAGGUCCACCAGAUACCCCAUACGAAGGUGGUUUCUUUAAUGCCACUUUGACAUUUACACCAGAGUACCCAAAUAAACCACCAAAGAUGAAGUUCCUCACUGAAAUGUGGCACCCCAACGUAUAUGAGAGCGGUGAAGUUUGUAUUUCUAUUCUACACGAUCCAGGAGAUGAUGUCUAUGGUUAUGAGAAAGCAAGUGAAAGAUGGUUACCAGUACACACUGUAGAGUCUAUUUUGGUGUCUGUUAUUUCUAUGUUGUCAAGUCCAAAUGAUGAAUCCCCAGCCAAUAUCGAUGCUGCUAGAGAAUGGAGAACACAAAGAGAGGUAUUCAAUAAAAAGGUUGCUAGAAUCGUUAGAAAAAGUCAAGACCAAUAA